AUGGUCUACAGUCCUGCUACCAAGCAUCCCAACGGCGCCCGCCUUCUCGCCCUCGAUGGAGGUGGUGUCCGAGGCGUCAUGGCCCUGGAAGUCCUCGCCGAAGUCAUGGACCGAGUGAGGAGAAAGAAGGGUCUGACUGAACCUUGCCGUCCUGCCGACUACUUUGAGCUUGCAGCUGGAACUAGCACGGGCGGCAUCAUCGGUAUCAUGCUCUUCCGGCUUCGCAUGACUGCCGAGGAUGCUAUCAAGCAAUACGACGUGAUUGCAUCCCAAGUCUUUAGCCCCAAGGUCUACGGCUGGAACAUUGGCUGGAUGCCCACGUUUCUUUCUUCCACCAUCAACAACAGCAAGACCCUCGUUCAGAGCAGCCGUUUCGAUGAUGCUUCGCUGAAGAAGGCUGUCGACGGGGUUGUUGAGAAGUUUGGCCUGGAUGAGAAUGAUAGGAGGCUGAAGGGAGAUGCAUCCCUCCAACAUCCCGGAUCAGCGAGAAUUUUCUGCUGCACAACCGCCCAGAACCGGGCCGAGACUGUGCUUCUUCGAACAUACAAGGAUAACAAUAUCUACUGUAGUUCCAAGACAAACGACACCAUGGCCUUGCAUCAGGACAAAAUGACAAUCAGUCUUGCCACCCGCGCAACUUCUGCUGCACCCACGUACUUCCCUGAAGUCAUCUUCCCCGAGGGUACUCCCAAGAGCAAGGACAAUGAGCGACUGGUCUUCUGGGAUGGUGGCCUUCUCAACAACAACCCCAUUGAUCAACUGUGGUACUCAAGAUACGAGCUCGCUCAGCCCCACGAGCCACCACCAGCCAUCUCGUGCGUCAUCAGCCUUGGAACCGGUUACACAAAGCCCGACUCUCCCUCAGAAUCAUGGUUCCAGCUCGUUGGCGUGGCAGCCGAGGUUAUGGAGUUCUCAACCAACACCAACGCCAAGGCCAAAGAUUUCACUCGCCACAUGACUACACUCAACCUGCGAGGCGAGCACAAGAACACCAAAUAUGUCCGGCUCAACCCGUCUCUUGGCAAGAGCGAGAUUGGCCUAGCCGAUUACACAAAGAUGAAGGAGCUGAAGGCCAUGGCUCAAAAGUAUCUCACCGACAAGAGGAACCAGGAGUGGAUCAACAAGGCCGUGGACGCCAUCUGUGCUUGA